AUGCAUGCCAUGAAGCGACUGCGCCGCGGUAAUUACGCUGAGCGUGUCGGUGCCGGUGCCCCUGUGUACCUUGCUGCGGUGCUGGAGUACCUAGCUGCUGAGGUCCUUGAGUUGGCUGGCAACGCUGCUCUAGACAACAAAAAGACGAGAAUAAUUCCCCGUCAUCUGCAGCUCGCUAUAAGCAAUGACGAAGGGUUGAAUAAACUGCUUAGCGGCGUCACCAUCGCUCAGGGCGGUGUCCUUCCGAACAUCCAGUCCGUUCUUUUGCCUAAGAAGACGGAGAAGACUGCCAAGGCUUGA